GUAUGUAUGUAUGUUUAACUCACAGGCUGUAUGAAUGCAUAGACGGGUCUCAAAUACUUAUCCUAUGAUAAGUAUUUUGAACAGGCAUCGACAUCUACCACCAACUGUGUCCUCCCAAUCUCGUCCACAGCCUCACUAACGAGUGGUGGAUUUUCCAGCAAACUGUUUCGUUUAUAUUCUUUAAUAAGAAAUCAUAGAAACUGAAAGAGGAGAAGCGAUCGACGUGUUUAUUUCCUGUUUAUUCGGUGUGGGUCCUGAAGGCCACUCCUCCACACAUCUGUCUCACGCACUCCAACAUAAACCAGUUCAUCAUCACCAGUUAAACUCACACAGCGGCUCAAAUAGCACAGCCGCUAAACUGGUGAUUAUUGAAUCAACACUAACGUAUAUAACGUGACUCCUAGCAGCUCGUGUGUGUGUGUGUGUGUGUGUGUGUGUGUGUGUUUUUAAUUUUAUUAAAACAUGUGUUGUUGUUCCAGGAUCACAAGCUAACCCUCCUCCUCUUCGUCAUCAUGGCCGUCAGAGCAUCGUUUGAGAAGAACAACGAGAUCGGCUGUUUCGCCAAACUGACCAACACGUACUGUCUGGUGGCGGUCGGCGGCUCGGAGAACUUCUACAGUGUGUUCGAGGGGGAGCUGUCAGAAACCAUCCCGGUGGUCCACGCCUCCAUCGCAGGCUGUCGCAUCAUCGGGAGGAUGUGUGUGGGUAACCGUCACGGCCUCAUGGUGCCCAACAACACCACGGACCAGGAGCUGCAGCACAUCAAGAACUGCCUCCCAGACGCCGUGAGGAUCCAGAGGGUGGAGGAGCGGCUGUCUGCUCUCGGCAACGUCAUCGCCUGCAACGACUACGUGGCUCUGGUCCACCCCGACCUCGACCGGGAGACGGAGGAGAUCCUCGCUGACACCAUGAAGGUGGAGGUUUUCCGUCAGACGGUAGCUGAGCAGGUCCUGGUCGGCUCCUACAGCACGUUCAGCAACCAGGGCGGCCUCGUCCACCCGAAGACGUCCAUAGAGGACCAGGACGAGCUGUCGUCUCUGCUGCAGGUUCCUCUGGUGGCCGGCACGGUGAACCGGGGCAGUGAGGUCAUCGCUGGCGGGAUGGUGGUCAACGACUGGUGUGCGUUCUGCGGUCUGGACACCACGAGCACCGAGCUGUCCGUCAUCGAGAGCGUCUUCAGGCUCAGUGACUCGGCUCAGCCGUCCGCCAUCGCCACCAGCAUGAGGGACUCUCUGAUCGACAGGUGAGACGCUCCUCUUCCUCCUCUUCAUCGCUCACAUCUGGAGACAGUCUCUACUUCCUGUUUUACACACAGAAGAGAUCGUAACACUCAACAGACUGACUCAUUAACACUCCAUCUCUCUCUCACACACACACACUUCCAUCUGUUCACUCUGUAACUGCUCACUGUUUGCAGCUCAGUUUAACUUGUUUUGUUUUUGACUAAAGUUACGUCUCACUGGACUUAGUUUACUUAAUCUUUUGUCCACCAGGGGGCGACUCCUCUGGUUGUAUAG